CUUGGGGUCAACCAAAAACAAAAAGUUCAAUAUAAAAAUAUCAAAAAAUAUUGAUAAGCCUGGCCGUCAUUGCCUCCCAGUACUGAAUACUGAAUACAGAAUAGCCGAGCGUUUAACGUAAGCGCUUAACUAUUUUAUUUUCAUCACUUUUGAAUCACAAGCCCAAGGGAGCAGAGUCAGCGGCAGCGGCUAUUUCAAUAAUAUACAAGAACUAUGGUUUUUAUUACGAAAUUCGCACGUUUCGGUGCUCAGGUUGCUGCGCGACACAUGCGGGCCUCUGUCACGCCCCUUGCCAUAGGUCAAUGGCGUAGUUUUCAUAUUACCAAUAUGUUGGAUAAAGAGCGUCGCUAUACAGACAAACACGAAUGGGUGGAACUUCUGGAUGCCAACAAGGCCGUCGUGGGCAUCUCCAGUUAUGCCCAAGAGGCUUUGGGUGAUGUAGUCUUUGCCCAACUUCCCGAACCAGGAACAGAGCUCAAACAAGACGACGAAUGCGGAGCCCUUGAAAGUGUGAAGGCAGCCAGCGAGGUGUAUUCACCUGUAAGUGGCAAGGUAACAGAAAAGAAUGCUCAAGUAGAGGAUACGCCAGCUCUGGUUAACACAAGUUGCUACGAUAAGGGCUGGCUUUUUAAAGUCUCUCUAAAGGAUCCUCAAGAGUACGAGAAACUUAUGACUGAAGAACAAUACAAGACGUUCCUGAGCUCCAGUGCCGAUCAUUAAAGAGGAAUAGAGUGGAAACCAAAAGCCAAAAAAAUGAAAAUGGCAAAUGGAAACUGCCAUUAAAAGAUUUCCACACAUUUGUUAUCUCUCAAACUCAUCCCACCACAAUUAUCAUUGAACUCAUACACCACACCACGAUCCUCCACAUUGUUGUUGCAUUUAAGAAGCAAAAAUAAACUAUAAAGCCCAAAAAUAACAAUCUACGUUGCUGGGAAUGAUGACCUGCGGGUUGCCUGUCUAGCGACAGAUCCCCCAUGGAAACUGUCUUACUGAUAAGAGAUAAGAAUUUAAGAGAACAACAGCAAGAGCAUUGGAGCAUAGGAGAGAAGUCAUGCUCUUAGAUUACAGCUAAAUCAAUUAAGUUUAACUCGACUCUUAAUCGCCAAAUCACGAAAUUUGUACAUUAUUGGUUCUGGCUAUCCGGGUUCGUAUUUGUAUAAUUUUUUUUUUAUUUAAGUUCAUGGCCAAAGAAGAAUUCAAGCUAUUUAAAUGUCGGAGAUAUGAAAAUCAGUUAACGUUUAUAAAGUCUUUAAAAUGUCCAACUACUCUUCAUGACUCUUUUAUGUCUUCUAGGAUUGGGUAUGCGUUUAAAAUCAGCUAGAACUUCACAGCACAAAUGAGUUUUUAUGGAUAUGGAAAACUACUUUUAUGAAAUGUCAUUUUUCUUUGCUCCAAUUGUCAAGUUGUCAAGUUUAACUCGUGUUAAUGUCAAUUGAUUGACAACUGCCAAAUGUGCCAGAUUGAAAUUGUACAAAAAAUUUAGUUAAAUAUUCUAAAUAUCAAAAACUAUUAAAAAGUUGUGUAAUUUGAGCUAUUUUGUGUUACUUUAAUUGUUGCUUGCUGAAUUGAGUGAAUGUGACUUGAAGAGGAAAGAGAAAGAAUGUGUUUCUUGCUUCUCUUUUACUCGUUUCAAAUAAGGUACAAGAAACUCUCUCACUUGUAUAUAAUAUAAAGUAAAUAUUAAGUAAAAGCAAAUAUAAAUCGGUGGUGUAAAAAGAUUUAACUAUUCAAAUAAGAAAAAUGUAUUUAAUUAUUUAUUAAUUCCUUGUUUGUAAAUCUUUAAGGUAAUUUUAUUUAAGAUGUAGUGACUCGCAUAAUUUAGUGAUUUGUUUGUUUUGAAAUGAAAAAUUGCAAUGGUUGCUUAAAAAAAAAUGUUUAUAUCAAAU